AGUGUCGCUCUGCACGUGUUAGCAUGUGAGAGAGUGCUUACAUGCAUACGAGCUUAACCGCUUCACUCGCUCCCUCUUUUUUCCCCCGCUCAGAUUUGACGCACAACGCAGUAAACUUCUCUCUUAAAUCCCCGCUUUCUCCAGAGGCUCGCCGGCUCUUUUUCUCGAUUCGGUCCCGAUUUAUUCCGCGAAAGAAUGCGAAAGUCUCCAGAGAGCAGCUGGACGAAAUUCGGUCCUGCCGGGAGAGGCUCUUACGACUGGAUGGCGGGAUCGUCAUCACCACCUCCUGAAGAGAAACACGGGCAGGGUUACCACUGGAACGAGCUAUUAACCGACCAGGAUGCAAAGACUGAGAUUGUCUUGUACGUUAUCCUCCCAUUGGUGUCGCUCUUUAUCUUCUGCCUGACAGCCUUCCUGGUCUACCAGAGAUGCUCACGCAGCAAGCUCAGUCUGGCCAACAUCAUUGCGCUGGACCUUCAGGAUGCAGACAGCAGCGCUGAGAUUUUUGCUUCGCUCACAGCCAAUGCCGAGCGUCUGAACAGCACCAGCUCUGACACAUCCGAGGGCGUUUUCCUGAUGGUCUACCUUCCGCCGCCCUACGAGGAAACCCUGACCAAGAUAACCCGUGCAGCAAGUCUCACCAGUGGCAAAGAUGUGGAAUGCAUAAAGAUGGAAGAUCUCGAGGCCAAACUGUGUCCAGAACUCAAAUCCAGCGGGCAUUACGUUUAAACCAGAGUCACAAAUAUGUCAUUUAAACAGUGGGACACUCCCAAAACAAACCAGUAGUCUGAACGAGAGGCGAUGGUACAUUUAUUCAGACUUCUAACCUUCUGAAGAAUGAAAAAAAAACAAAACCCAAAACGUAAUACUCGACCACACCUGUAUUGUCACCAUCAUAUAAAGUUUCUCUUGUGUCCUAAUGAUAGAGAACGCAGUAACUGCUCACAGAGUGAAAAAAAAUCGUAGUGGCUCAAGAAUAAGAUAUAGAGUUGCGUGUUUAAUUGAUUGAAGGAAAAAAAAACGCGUUAAAAAAAUAAAAGUUUUUAGUUUUUCAAGAUGUUGAAAUCUAAGAUAUGUAUUGAUAACAUUCACAUUACAUGUAGAUUAAAUAGAGAGAUGUAGGUAGUCCGGGCGCAUGGUGGCUUAGUGGGUAACAUGUUCAUCUCACGCCUCCAGGGUCGGGGGUUCGAUUCCCACUGUGGUCCUGUGUGUGUGUGGAGUUUGCAUGUUCUCCCCGUGCUGCGGGGGUUUCCUCCGGGUACUCCGGUUUCCUCCCCCAGUCCAAAGACACGCAUGGUAGGCUGAUUGGUGUGUCCAAAGUGUCUGUAGUGUAUGAAUGUGUAUGUGAUUGUGCCCUGUGAUGGAUUGGCACCCUGUCCAGGGUGUACCCCGCCUUGUGCCCCAUGCUCCCUGGGAUAGGCUCCAGGGUCACCCUGAAAAGGAUAAGCGGUAUAUGGAAAAUGGAUGGAUGGAUUGAUGUGGUCCGCAACAAUAUUCAGAUAAGCUGUGGUGGUGCUCGACUGUUAUCAAAGAGCCCAGUGCUGUUGAUACCAAACUCUGAGCCUAACAUUUGCAUGUUGCAGCGGAAAUUGAGAUUCAUCAGUUUUUCAGAGUCUGUGCCCACUGUUGCUUUAGAGUCCUGUUCUUGGGUGUGGUCUCCUCCUAUUAAAAACCUCUUUCCCAAAUGCUUCUAGCACUCGACAAAGGGACUCCUUUAACUGUCAAACAGAUUCCCUGCCUACAGAUUUAUCGUAUGAAUAUAAUCCAAUUAUACAAACAUUAUUCUAAUGUGUUCAAGCCAUAGAACUUUUUAUUCCCGGGCAAGUAUACAAUAAGCCAGCUUGUUUUUUUGUUUAUUUUUUUUUUGGUCAGGGAUUUCAGAGUCAGGUACAUGUGUACACAAAAAACAAAGACUAUGGUCAUGAAACAACAAAACAAACAAAGACUAGACACACGUGGUCAGAACA